GGUAAUGCACACCAGAAGGUUGCUUGCCAACCGCCAUAAAAAAAAAGAAGAAGAAGAAGCACAUCGGAGGAGAAAGAAGUGAGCAGAAAGCUAAUUAGUCAGUCUUGUUAUUUGUUCUCCAGUUUGAAAUAUUUACGUCGUAUAAAAUACAUAUUUGAUUCUUUAUUCAAGGAUAAAGUCGUCUCGAUGCGCUAGAAGCACUGUGCUGCUUCUCGUGCUAACUUUGCUUGUUAGUUAGCUUAGCUUGCUAGUUAGCUUAGCUUGUUAGCUGCUAACAGAAGACACAUAAGUUAUCAACACAUCGCUAAGUAGAGAUCAAGUGUGAGAGUAAAGUGUUGUGAUUGUGUGAAAAUGUCUACAUUACAAAUGUUGAGAGCGUUGGUGGAUCAGCGACUAACUGCUGCCGUUGAAGAAAUAUUUGUAGUGUUAGAAAGAACGAUAGCAGAAUACGAGGCGGAACUUUCUAGAACAAAGGAGGAAAACUACCAACUACAGGACGCUGUUUUCAAGAAACAUCAAGAUGUGUUACACAGAACAGCUGCCGUCGACUUCCCUGAGACACUGCGCGUCAAGACACCCGUGGACGUACACCUCCGACUAUCAGAUGUCCGGCAGCCCCCUCACAUUAAAGAGGAAGAAGAGGAUCGUCAGCCCCCCCACAUUAAAGAGGAAGAGGAGGAAGUGUGGAUCACUCAGGAGGAAGAGUGUCUUCUAGGGCAGGAGGAGGCUGAUGUCCGCAAGUUUCCACUGACUGUUGUCUCGGUGAAGACUGAAGAGCAUAAAGACAAACCACCUGAGUCCUCACAGCUUCAUCACAGUCCAAACGUCCAGCAGGUGUCAGCAGAGAGUUAUGAAGAGAUUCCCUCCAAGCAGCAGGAGUGGAGCUCCAGUGUGGGACAGAAGGAGCUACAGGCCCCCUCCCACAUUAAAGAGGAAGAGGAGGAACUGUGGGAGCAGCUUCAAAGGUUGGAGGAGGCUAAUGAUGAAGAUGAAGCUCAGUCCUUUCACCUUCAACAUAGUCAAAGUGAGGAGAACAGAGGGGCGGAGCUUGUAAGUCAACACAUCACAGAAGCUGAUGGACAGCAUUGUGAAGAUAUAAAGUCACAACCAGACAGCCUCUUUGCUCCACUGUCAGACAUGGACCACAUGAUGUCAGACUCUUCUGAUCACAGUGACCACAUCCAAAAAUCUUUGGAGAGGAAAAAUGACUCUAAAUGUGAUACUAGACAUCACACUAACAACAAACACUUUGACUGCUCUGAAUGUGGGAAAUCAUUUAGAAAGAGGAGUAAUUUUACAGUACACAUGAGAAUACACACUGGAGAGAAACCUUUUACUUGCUCUGUUUGUAAGAAAAGUUUCUCCAAAAAGCAACACAUGACCACUCACAUGAGAACACACACUGGAGAGAAACCUUUUCCUUGCUCUGUUUGUAAGAAGAGUUUCUCCAUGAAGCUUGACAUGACCAUACACAUGAGAACACAUACUGGAGAGAAACCUUUUACUUGCUCUGUUUGUAAGAAGAGUUUCUCCAGAAAGCAACACAUGACCAGACACAUGAGAACACACACUGGAGAGAAACAUUUUCCUUGCUCUGUUUGUAAGAAGAGUUUCUCCAGAAAGCAACACAUGACCACACACAUGAGAACACACACUGGAGAGAAACCGUUUAGUUGCACUGUGUGUGUUAAAAGGUUCAGGUUUAAGAAUCAGGUCAGUGAGCACAAGUGUGUAGCAGUCAUGGAAGCUGCAAGGAUUUAAAAACACUUAAACAGUGAUUGUGUUAAAUGUACUUAAAAAAAACUGCAUGUUUAAUAUGAGAGUAUAUUUUAUGUUGUAUGUAGUGCUUCUCAUCUUCUACUGUUAUAUGUUGUCCUGGAAUCACUUCUAAAGUUGUGUGCAUUUGUUGAAUAUCAUAUAUGUAGCUACUAUUUUAUUUGAUUUUCUCAUUGUUAAAGAGAGGACAUCUCAUUAUUUACACUUGGGUUUUUUUUUUCACACAUUUUCUUCCAUUGCAUUUUUAUUGAUGUUAUUAUCCAAUUAAAAGUAUGAAUGAAUACAAUUGGUAAC